AUGAAAUUAUCAAACGUCGUUUUAGGUUCUAUUUCACUCGCUUCUCUAUCUACUGCCGCUCCUUUAGAAUCCACUAACCACCAUUUACAUAGAGAAGUUCAAGCCAAAGAUGUUGUAAGGGUUACUGUCACAAGAGUAGUCCAAAAGGGUCUAACAGCUACUGCCACUUUGGAUGGUAAUAAUAAUCCAAUCAUUACAAAGACUACUACAAAGGUAGUAAACGGUAGACAAAGUGGGACUUCAAAAACCACUACUUUGGUCGGUGAUGAAGGCUCCAAUGUCAACGUCUAUGGAUCUUCAGAUGAUAGCAAUGAUGAUAAUGCUAAAGUAACUUCUGCCAGUAAGCAAUCAACUAAACCUGAAGCUACCACUGUUACAAAGAAGCCAUCUUCAAAAGCUACUUCUACAAAAGCUAUUGCAACUUCUACUGCUGCUUCUUCUUCACAAACAGCUUCUUCAGAAGAUGAUGAAUCUGAAGAAUCCACUAGUGAUGCAUCCUCUUUUGAGGAUGGUAAAAUUAAAUGUUCUGAAUUUAUCGGUAAUAUUCCAAACGUUGUAUCAUUGCCACAAUUGCCUUUCGGUGGUUGGGCUUCCUUCAGUGAUAACAAUGGUCAUACUGUUACAGAGUGUGCCCCAGGUAAUUAUUGUUCCUAUGCAUGUGCUCCGGGUUACUCUCCAUCUCAAUGGGCUGAUUAUGAUUUACAACCAUCCUCUGGUUCUACUUUAGGUGGGUUAAUCUGUAAAUCAGAUGGGUACCUAUACAGAUCUCGUCCUUCAGCUUCUGAAUUAUGUGUCAGAGAUGAAUCCACUGCUUUUGCCAAGAGUUCUUUGGGCAAAUCUGUUGCCAUGUGUAGAACUGACUACCCAGGUUCUGAAAAUAUGGCAGUUCCAACUAUAUUAAAUGGUGGUGAUUCAAAUAUCCCAAUUAGUGUUGUAAAUGAAGACACUUUCUUCCAUUGGUUAGGUAAAUCCACUUCAGCUCAAUAUUAUUUGAAUAACGCUGGAGUUUCUCAAGCUGAUGGUUGUAUUUGGGGUAACGAAGCCGACUCUACCGGUAAUUGGUCUCCUUUAAUCUUAGGUGCUGGUAAGACUGGCUCUAUCUCAUACAUUUCAUUAAGUGUUAAUCCAAAUAAUAAUAAAGGUGCUAACUAUAACGUUAAAAUCCAACCUCGUGAUGGUGCAGAUGUUCAUGGUACUUGUGUCUACGAAGAUGGGAAGUUUACUGACGGAUCUGAUGGUUGUACUGUCGCUGUUAUGAGCGGUGUCGUCGACAUUGUCUUUUCUUAA